GAAAAAAAAGGAGAGGCACUCUCUCUCAGAUUGGGAGGCAUUGAUUGAUACCGAUGGAACAGUUCCAUGCAGUUACCAUUCCAACAGUUCGAUGCCUACCAUCAGAACAUCAACAUGCACCUGCAAAGUUUGUCCCAUUCCUCCCCCUGUUGUCAAGAUUCAGAAAUGCUUCUGCUGCAAAAUAUUUCUGUCCCGACUAUCACGCCAUCAACCAGAAUAUCGUCACAAUAUCAUCUUAUUUGGAUCCUUGAUAUUGUGUAUUCACUUUAAUUAUGGAGGCCAUACACACCCAAGGUAUUUGGAUUGCUGAAGCACUUCAGCAAAGAACGAAGAGCCAAGACAAACUUUGGUUGAUUGCCACUCACAUUGGGGAUCCCAAAGCUGCCUUCCUUCUCGUGUUCCCCUUGACUUACUUUCUCAACCGACGGACUGGAUUUGCAGUUGUCUGGGUGGCUGCUAUUUCGGAGUGGCUUAAUCUAGUGUUCAAAUGGAUGCUCUUUGGGGAGAGACCAUUCUGGUGGAUUGGAGAAUCCCGUUUAUUUGAGAAAAACCCUCCCAAACUCCAACAGUUUGCCUCAACUUGUGAAACAGGUCCAGGCAGUCCAUCUGGUCAUGCAAUGGUAACAGCAGCAGUGUGGUGGGUGAUGGCCUCAUCCCUGGGUUCUCUUCUCUACUCCUACACACGCAGCAUGUUGCUAUCAGCGGUUCCGUAUGUGCUGUAUCUGCUGGGGUUAGUGGCAGUUGGCUUCUCUCGCAUCUUCAUCCUGGCACACUUCCCCCAUCAGGUCAUAGCUGGCUCUUUGACAGGCUUCAUUCUUGGGGUAGUUCUGAGCCGUCAGGUUCCAGAAGGUCGCCCUCUGGUGUUUUUUGUGAGUUCCAGCAUUGGGCUACUCCUCAGUGCUUUCCUAAUCCACUCAGGACUGACAUGGCUGGGCUUCGACUUGUCCUGGUCCAUUGCGUUGGCUAAGAAGUGGUGCUCCCAUUCAGAGUGGAUUCGGCUGGACACAGCCCCGUUUUCCUCACUAACACGGGACUGUGGUGCUAUCCUGGGCCUGGGGCUGGCCCAGUACUGGAAGCCAGGUGGGUACACUCUCCCCUGUGCUCCACGUGCCCUGUGUCUGGCCCUCUGCUCCAUGGCUCUCUACCAUGUCCAUCGACUGCCUCUACCAAUCCAACCACAGCCCCUCUUCUACUUCCUCUUCUUUAUCAAGUUUACCAUCGUGCCCCAGGUGGUCAUGAUUUAUGUACCUGGCUUUGUACACCUCCUUACACACAAAAAGAAAAAUGAUUAAAAUGACACAUUCCUUGGAAGUUCAA